CUGUGAAACCCUUGAAGAUUUUUUUUUUCACUUCCCCUAUUCUAUAUAUAUAUCUCUCAACUGGGGCCAUCUGCUCAGAUGUGAGAGCAACGCCCGUGGGCAGAGCGGAGGGGAGGCACAUCUGGCAGAAGCCUGGCAAGUUACACCUGAUUCAUCCAAAAAGGGUCCAUCGUGUGUCAGCCUGCAUCCCAGGAGUUUCACCAGGACCCAUCAUGGAUAUCAGCGCUUGCCUGAACCUCUACAGCAGCAAAAAUGCAAACAUCAUCAUCGACCAUUACAACUUCACUGGCAAGCUUGAGAGGAGGCGGCUCCAAGAGAAUGGAAUCAGCUGGGCAAAGAUCGGUUUUGCCAUCCUCAGCUUCUGCAUCAUCUUGGAGAACAUUGUGGUUCUCACAGCAAUCCUGAGGCACAUCCGCUUCAGAAGCUGGGUCUACGUGUGCAUUGCCAACAUCACCCUAAGUGACCUCCUUGCUGGUGUGGCCUUCAUCGUGAACCUGUGCCUGUCUGGACAGAUCACCUUCCAGCUCUCGCCAAGUCUCUGGAUCUUCCGUGAAGGAGUCCUCUUUGUGACUCUGGGUGCCUCCAUCUUCAGCUUGUUGCUUACUGCUGUGGAGAGAUACACCACCAUGAUGCAGGCCAUGCCUUAUAAGUCCACCGGUAAGACCUACCGCAUCUACAUCCUGAUUGUCUUGUCCUGGAGCAUUGCCAUGGUCAUCGGCCUCCUGCCGCUGAUGGGCUGGAACUGCAUUUGUAACCUCCAAGAUUGCUCCACUCUCCUCCCGCUGUAUUCCAAGAAAUACAUCCUGUUCUGUGUCAUCAUGUUCACCAUCAUCCUGAUUGUCAUCUGGCUGCUGUACCUGUCCAUUUACCGGCGGGUAGUCAGCAGCACAAUGAACUCCAACAUUCCAGUCCGCAGCCAGAGGAAGUCGAUGCGGCUCUUGAAGACCGUCAUCCUGAUUCUGGGAGCAUUUUUCCUGUGCUGGGGCUUCCUCUUUGUCCUGCUGGUCAUGGACUUUUUCUGUGAGCCCAAGCAAUGUAAACUCCUCUAUAGUAUGGACUGGGCCAUAGCCUUGGCUAUCCUCAACUCGGCCAUCAACCCUGUCAUCUACGCCUGUGGCAGCAUGGAGGUCCGCAAAGCCAUCAUCAGUAUUGUCUGCUGCUGCUGUUUCCGGGUGGGUAUCUGCGAGCCCAGCGUCUUCUUGGGAGUUGAGCCUGUGACCUCGUCGGAGAGCUCUCUGCGGGAAAGUUUCAGACACAGCUUCAGGAGGGUCAUCAGCCCACAAAUGAGACAUGACAGGAAGAUAAAGAAGACCCGCCUGAACUCUACAACGUCUUGCUUGUCCAUGUCAAGCGGGUGAAGGAGAGAGGAGUGUUGGACAUUACUGUGGGCAGCCCUGAAUGCAUUAGGAAGGGAAUAUCAAAGGGUGAAGGGAGGAAAUGGACAAGGCUUAAGAUCUUUGUGCCAUAAUUGCUUUAGAAAUUUUAUCAAAUAGGAAUCAGGGCCCACAAUGAGCAAUAAGGGGCCUCAAAGGACAUGUAGGAUGUGGAAAUGGUCCUGAAAGACCGUCAUCUGCAGCGUCUGCUCCUAGUAUUUGGACUGUGUGUGUGUUUGAUUGAUUAUGGGAUCUGUCACGUGCCGGUGGCCGAUGAGUCAGAAUCAUCUUGUCACCAGUGCUUCCUGGACAUUACCAACAUUGCACAGCUUGUUCCUUCCCCUUUCCCAAAGAACAUUGCAUGUCAGGAAGCAGCUUAAAAGUACUGCCUGCUGUGUAACACAGGCUGACCCCACGGCUUUGACUGCCUCCAUAGUGUACAAGUACCUGGCUGACGAGGGGGGAGUCACUUAGUCCUGGCCCUUGUACUCGCCAUUUAUACUUCAUGUCCAAGACGCGAGAUGACUGAAUGCGAACGGCCUUGUACUGCUGAAGAAGAAGAUGCAAAAUGGAAAUUCAAAUGUGAAAGGGCGUGGGGUGUGGUGUAUUGCAUAAAAAUAAAAACAAGUUCCAUUCUGGGACUGAAACAAA